CAGAACCGAAAGAUUUCAACUGGUCCUCGCAUUCUUCUGUUAGUGUCUCAAUACUUUGGAGCAUUCUCAUUCCUUGAGAGACUUAUCCUCGAAAGGAACUGAUCUGUUUGAUUUGUAUUCGACCACGAGAAAAGUGUUUCUCCAAAAAACAGCAUUUUUCGGAGUUGUUGAUUUUGGUGGCUCUGAAUUCCGACCAGGAGACUGCGAUACCACUUUCGAUUGUACCUUAGCACAUUUUGCAACCGACCGACAGACUGAGAUAGAACGGCCGACCAGCAUUGGUGGAAUAGUUUCUUGCUGUCUCAAUUCAAAUCCCCUCAUUUCGUCUCGAUCAUGGUUUCGGGUAGGCGCUCUUACUCUGGACCAGCCGUCAAUGGCGCUGGCCCAUUGCCCCCGGUGUCCUCGAAGGCCAAGGACUAUACAGAACGACCAGAAGAAGUCGUCGAUGAACUCGACGAGUUGCGCGUACGAGGCAUUGCCAAGGUCCUGAACAAACACUUCACAACCACUACCAAACAACUCGCCAUAGAAAAGGCCGAAGCCGACGCGGCCCUUGCCGACCUCGAACGCCGCAGGGCCCAAACCAAGGCCUUUGUGCCGAGCAAGGGGGGGCAGCUGAACCCCUACGAUCAAUUGUACCUUCAGCUCCAGCAGAAACGCGCCGAGUGCCGGCGCAAGGAACGUGAAACCAUGUUGUUGUACCAACGGUACGUCAUGAAGUACGGCAAGUCCGCUAAGGCAGAUCCCCUCAUAUCUGCCACACCCUCCGACUCGAACGGUCCCCAACAGCUAAAGGCGCCCAACUCGCCCAGCAAGGGAGACCCCCCUGGAAAAUCGGGUCUGAGCACCCUUGAUGAAAACUCGGAAAUCACCUUUUCCAAAUUCUACGACAAACAGCGAGAGAAGCAAGAACUCGAACGAAUCAAGAGAGAGAACAGCGAAAAGAGCGCCAAGCACUUCAUGUCCGCCCUUAACAAGUUUAUGGCGGAUGAGGACGAAACCGAUGAUCUGCACCAAGCUAAUGGGGUUCCAGAGCUCGUGCCGAGCAAGGAUAGUUGCCAGCCAUCACCCGCAUCAAGCAAUGGCAAAUUAGAUCCGUUCAUGUCUGCACUCUCGAGAUUCAAAGAAGGACAAGAGGAUAGGGCGGAAGAAGAAGAAUCUCCCGCGAUGGUCGCUACCAACGACGAUGAUGAAGACGACGACGAACAGCAGGUCCAAAACGUCAUCCACAGAGUUGCGGCAGAUGCAGCAGAACCAAAGGAGGACAAUGAUUUGCUCGUAAUCAAAAGGACGCCCUCGGAAGAUCCGCCCGGAAAAGGUGGUACGGAGUGCGUACCCGAAGACGAAUCCAUUGUCUCGGAACAACGCGAUCGCAGCAAUGAAAAAUCGCUUCCGACUCUUCAGAAAACGGCGCCAAAUGGAUACACAACGAUUGCCAAAACUGAAACCGCGAUCCCGCCCGCGACCCCCGAUAUCGUGCCGGCAGUAGGACAGGCAACACUUUCUCCCGUUACCAAUCAGUCGACUCCCAAGAGUGGCAAGUUUGAUGUCAACGACAUUGAAGGAUUCGAUUUUGAUGAUCGAUCGAUUAUUUCGGAACUUACCCUUGCAAACUCUGCUGUAACUCGUCAAGUUUUGGACGAGGUCGAGAUGGAAAUGGACGACUUUAUCCAGAGUGAAAUGCAAGCUAUUCGAAAGAUGCUCGACUCGGAAGAAGACGCCUCCACCGUGGAUCCAUCCUUUAACGAAGAUCAAUCGGAGGCUUCUUCUCUCGUGCUUGCAGAUCAAUCGGUGAAGGUGGCAAUGAAAGCGGAGGCCAUGGCACGUGAAAUGCAAAAAAUCCUAGACGAUUUUGCAAAGGAAGACGCCAUGUCUGUCGCUGAAGGAAGCACUUCGGGAGCCAACGAGUCGGUUCAGUCUCCGGAGAAGCAAUCUAACAGCGCCGAACCCGCGAGUGUGUAUCCAUACAAGUUUGAACCAGCGAUCCCGGGUGAAGAAUGGUACGUGCACUUUGACGACAACUAUCAAAAGGAAUUUUAUGUAGAAAGGAGAUCGAAUCGAACGCAAUGGGACUAUCCACAAAAAGUACCGAGUCCGCAAAGGGAAGAAAGGCCAGUUUCUGCGGACGACUUUCUAUCGGACAUGCAUUCUGUUGCGAGCAGCAGGCGAUCGCUUUCUCGACGAUCGUCUCGCCGAAGUAUUUACCGCAAGCAAAGAAAACGACGCCGAGCCCGUAGGUUGAUGAUAUCGUUUCUGGCGUUGCUUUGCGUACUGGUGAGCGUCUUUUGUUGGCGCAUCAAACACCCUGGUGAAUCUAUAACCGUUGCUCUGACAACAUUCGCAGUAGGUCUCAGGGACAUGAGCAUAGAGGAUUUUGUGAACCUCGUCAUUGACCAGUACGAGUAUUCCUUUACGGAUAGAAAAGCUCGAGAAGAAGAAUCGCGGCGGCUUCAGCAGGAGCAGAAGGCCAAAGAACUCGCUGCACGGCUUGCCGCAGAACGGGCCGCAAAACUUGCUAGAGAAGACUCCCAGCGAGAAAAGGAAGAAGCCGAAAGAAUAGCAAAUCAAAAAGCCGCGAAGGCUGCACGGGAGCGAGAAGAGGCCGCAAGGGUCGCCCGUGAGCUUGCUGCCAAACGAGCGAAAGAAGAACGAGAGGAACGCGAACGACUUGUCCUGCUCGAAGCGGAAGCGAAGGCUAAGGCUGAAGAAGAGGCCAAGAAAGUGGAAGUGAAAAAAGCCCGCCGAAACUUUGGAUGCAACAUUCCUUUUGCCUAUGUCGUUCCUUAUUGCUGGCGCUUGGCAAAAUCAAAUCCCAUUUUUGGUCUCAAAAACGAGAACGAUCUAGUGUUUUUGCAAUAAAUAUGAUCAAGAUUGAGCGAAAGAAUUGACACGAUUUAUGGAAAGGACGCGAGCUCGGAAUUCUCGAACUUUCAAUCUACACAUUCUUCCUCUGUGGUAGACGAAUCAUCAUAGAAUAAAAUAGGCACCGCAGUUGGAAGAAGUGUAGCACACAUACAUGGGGCAUGGCUUGUGCAGAGAAAACGAAAAAGAAUAUACUUCAAAAAUUAAUAUUGAACAUAGUAUAGAGAAGAAGUGAUUAUACAAUGUUAUUGAUAUUCCACAAUUCAACUAACAAAGCAGAAAACGUUGCUUGGUGCACAUUCAUGUGGUCUUCGCGUUUUGUUCUAUUUUAUUCACGGCAAAGAUUGUUAUCAUAUCAGCUUUCUUUAUUUCUAUUUUAUUAUUGUAAUUCAUGGGUUAUGUAUCACUUUUACCCCAAUUGGUAAUUCAAAAUGUCCGUGAUUUUACACCGACGAUGUUUUGCACUUCCUCCCAGACCACGAGAAAUCGAUUUCCCUCAAUUUUUCCAUCCUAUGGGGUGUCAUUGUGCUCUGUUUGCCCUCCGUCAGAAACUUGUACUGCCGUCUCUGUCUCUUCACCCAGAUCGCAAGUUGCGGAUUUUGUUUGUAUUUGCUCGGAACGUUGGUUGUGCCAAAGAUGCUCUUGAAUUGUUUCAGCUCCUUGAGGCGCUCUUCCCACACGGCAUCGUGGGAGUUCCACACAAAGCCGAGUUUCUCGAGGGCCACCACGCGAUCAUCGCUCAUGCUGGAAUGCUUUCCCAGUCCCUUGAGCUUGUAUUGAUAUCGCUGGCGCUUUACCCAUUCUGCCAGUGGCGGGUUCUCUGGAAACUGGUUCGGAACCAGGCAAUGUCCAUUGGCGAGUCGAUAGUCUAGCAGCUCUUCGUAUUUCUCCAUCCAGCCCUGGGCUUGGUGCGAUCGGAAGCGCAGCUUGAACGACUUUUUAGGGGCUGGUGUUUCAUCCGUCGCUUUUCUCUUCCUAGUGUUGUGUUCCUUUGGAGGCGACAGGGUUGGAGUUAGAUUUGGCCCGCAUUGCUGGUGAUGGUGGUGGUGGUGCUGCUGCUGAUAUUGCUGCUGGUGAUKGUUGUGCUGCUGAUAUUGUUCUCUGUCAGUAGCUGGCGCUGUAGGAGUAGAAAAAACGUCAAAGAAUUGUGACAUCGAUGUCCCUAUUUUGUUCGACGACUUCGAUGGUUGGUCCUCGUCUUUUCUCACUGACGUUCUGGUGGGCUGAAACAACUUAUUGGUAUAGUUUUUCGAGGAUGGAAACGAAAUAGAAGUCAAUGAAUCUUGGGUUGGUUUUGUGCUCCUCUCAACUCUCUGAUCUCGAGCAUACUGGAUGCUUUUGUCCUCACGAUCGUCUAUUUCGAAGACAUGCUCUGGUCGAAAGAUUUCGUUGCUAUCGAAGGCUAGGUCUGUUUUCUGAGAUUGUUCAUCCGCGAAGUAAGCAAUCGAGGAUCUACGGGUCGGUUCGUCGGCAAAGUAAGCAAUCGAGGCUCUGCGGGGAGUCAUCCGCGGAGGCUUUUUUUGCUGGUUGUGAUAAUUAGCAUUGCUAGCGUAUGUCAAGUUUGUAUCGAUGCAAGCCCGUCUUAUGUUUGCCGUGGUCUGAUUGUAGCUACGAUCAGCGUCAAAUAUGAAGUUAUUCAUGGGGAUUGCGAGUGUAUUCAUUUGGAAUAAAAUACAAGACACUUC